CUUUGCCGUCUUUUCAAAGACAAAACAAAAACUUCCAUAUUUCACUUUCCAUGUCUCUCUCCACUCUCCUUCCAUUUCAAUUCAAAUAACCAAACAAUCUUUUCAUUUACAAACACCCAACUCAUCUCUUCCAUCUCCAUUCCCUAAACUUUUUCUCUGCAACUCAAGGUUCACCAUGGACAGAGAGCAAGAAGAGAUGCAAUUCCUUGGCUUCUUCGGCAUUUACAAAGAAUCCUACAAAGUCAUCAUUGCAUGCAGAAAAAUCUUCAGCAAAAUCACACUGUCUCUAAUCCUUCCCCUCUCUUUCAUCUACCUCCUUCACAUGGAAGUUUCCAGUCUUCUCUUCAGAAAAAUCAUACACACCAAGGUGGAACUCGAUGAAGCUCAAUCACCCGCCAAAGCCCAGAAACUCCACGACCUUAUCUCCAACGAAAUGGCUUACUUUUGGCUUUUCAAAGCUGCUUAUUUCACCCUCUUUUUAAUCUUCUCCCUUCUCUCAACUUCUGCCGUCGUUUACACCAUCGCCUGCAUAUACACAGCUCGAGAACUCACCUUCGGCAAAGUCAUGAGCGUCGUUCCCAAGGUCUGGAAAAGGCUCAUGGUCACUUUCCUCUGUACUUUCCUCACCAUGUUUGUCUAUCAUGUUGUGGCCAUUUUCAUCAUGGUUGGUAGCGUGAUUUUAUUACUAGGCAGCGAUGCGGUCGAUGCGGUGUUGGCUGUUUUACUGGUUUUGUACUUCGUGGGGUUCCUUUAUAUGACCAUAAUCUGGCACUUGGCUAGCGUUAUCUCUGUUUUAGAAGAGUGUUAUGGGUUCCAAGCCAUGUUGAAGGGCAAGAAUCUGAUCAAAGGAAAGUUAUGGGUAGCCAUAAUCAUCUUUUUGAAACUGAUUAUCAGCUUGGUCAUCAUCCAGGCAGCGUUUCAGAGUCUGGUUGUUCAUGGAAGCAGCUUGGGGAUAGCUAUGAGGGUUGUGUAUGCAAUUAUUUGCUUUUUGUUGCUUUCGAAGUUGAUCCUGUUUGUAUUAGUUAUUCAGACGGUGAUUUACUUUGUGUGCAAAUCAUACCACCAUGAAAACAUAGACAAAUCAGCCUUGUCGGAUCACUUGGAAGUGUAUUUGGGAGAGUAUGUGCCAUUGAAAGCCAAGGAUGUUCAGCUUGAGCAAUUUCAAGUGUAGGCUGACUCGAUGAUUCCAAGUCAAUCAAUAAUAAAAGUAAUUGAAUGGGUCAUGUGAUAGUUUUUCAUUGUAGGCCUUAAGAUACAUGUACUUGUUGGCUUUUGAAAGCGCUUUGUAAUUUCAUCAUCAAUGGCCUUUUUUUCUUUUUCCAAA